UUCAAUAAUCAUGAUAAAUCGCAAGAGACCUCGGAAGACUCAAGAGAUAAGUUUUUAUGAAACUCCAUCGGAUUGUUCUGAAGAAGAGAUUCAACGGAGUUGUGAGUUUUUGAGGAAAGUGAAAGAGUUGGAUGAUAAGACAAUCUUCGUUAGAUUUGCCGAUGCAGUGAAGUGUUAUCAAUCUAAGUCUUUAAGCUACAAGUAUCUCAAAACCAAAGUCGCUUACAUUCUCCGUAAUCACGAUGUUUUGCUCGAACAAUUCCAUCAACUUAUGUCGGAUUUAGCAACCAAAGAAGCAACCAAAGAAGAGAAUCGUGACGCCGUGAAAUCAGACGUGGAACGCACGGUUGAGUUUUUGAACAAACUCGAAGCUACGGGGAAGGGUUUACACGGUGCGUUUCUAAAUGCGUUUGCGUUUGACGGUGAUAUCGUGGCGCUGGUUGAAAACCUCGACGUGGUUUUACGCGAUCACGCGUGUCUCAAAGAGGAGUUUAAAGCGUUCUUAAUCGAUUCCCGUUUACUCAAAAAACCGAAACGCGGUUCUGAGGCGGCCGUAGAAGCUGAUGAGUGUUUUACCAAAUUUAGUGAAGGUGUUUCUACGUGA